AUGGGGUUCAAAACAAAAAAGGUGAAGAGGAGCCACGCCAAAGAAGUUGAAGAGCCAUAUUCCCAGUCCCAUGAGCAUACUAUUUCCCAAAAGAAAUUUUUGUGGGUGCAAUAUUGGUUCCAACUUCAGAAUACUACCUUCUCUUUCUUUCUGAAGAAGGGUGGAGAUGCAGUUUACCUCCAAGGACGAUAUCACAUGCACACAGUGCAAACUGUGAGAGAAUUUGGCACCCUGAGUGGUAAUUACCUCUUUGAGAUUACAAUGAAAAAUGGGAAGAAGAAAAUUCUGGCUGCAGAGACCUCUAAACUCCGUGCUAUGUGGAUUGACACUCUAUGGAAAUCUAUGCAGUGUAUUGGGCCAUACUGCAGAAGGGGAAUUGUUUUCUGUAGGAGUGACCUUCCAAGGCCAUCUAGAGAAGCAUUAUCUGAGACUGCACUUGGUGAGGAAGAGCUAAGUAAAAGCUUGUCAUCUGCAGAGGAGGACCUACUCUCCCCAGCCAGGACCAUGAACAGCUUAAUGACAGAAGAGAUCCUGGAAAUGGGACCCUACCAUGCUGUGCCAAAUGCAGCUUUUGCUAUUUAUGAUGUUCCAAAGUCCUGGAGGAACAACAGCCCAGCUGAAAAUAAUCUGGCAUUGAAAACACGCUUGUGUGAACGGAUCCACAGGCUUCAUCAGAGGGCUCCCAAGGUCCAGGGCAUGGAAACAAGGUUGAGCAUCCCUCAUGUUAGAGCAUCUCCCGGGGUCACUGAGAGCUUGGUCGGCUAA